AUGGCGCCAAGGAAAAGCCCGCAAGAAUUCUUCGGCAAGGGGAAAGCGAGGGGCUCCGAACAAUGCAAUGAGAGGAUCAAUGAUUCUGCUGUCUUCAAAAAAGUCACACCCAAGGUGCUGAAGGAGUACGAUCGCAUGAUCGGCCUUUGGAACCAGUACGUCCUCGCCACUGGAUGCGAAUUUUCGCUACUGCAGCUGCUAAUACAUUGGCAAUGUACGUAUGCUGAAAACCAUGCUCAAGACCAAGACCAGCCAAGCCCUUACAAGGUCAAAUCCUUGAAGGACUUCGUUAAGGAGAUUGCAUUCGGCAUCGACGGCGCAGAAGGCGAUCCGAACCCUGGGCAGGGAACAGUCCUGCUGUACUGGAAGCAGUUCAUGGCCGGUUGGCGCCGCAAGCACGAGGCCAUCCCCCCUAACAUCACGCUGACUGUGACAAACUUCAUCAAUUCCGAGUUGCCCGAGAUACUUAAACAAGAAAGCAAAAUCAGGCUGGUGAAGAGCAAACGACUUAGGAGGUUUGGGACGAAGAACCACUUCGUCCAUAUUGGGCAUCAGCUGUGGGGGAACGACUGGGUCGGAUAUGAGAAACCUGCGACAAGAGUUUACGACUGGGCCGACUACAUGGCCAUCGUUUGUUCUUCUGCGCGCAUCGGCGAGUACAUCGAGUCGUCCUGUCGGCCAGGCUCCGGUCGUAGCUUGUACUACAAGGACGUGACAUUUGGCGUGUUCCGCAAUGAACACGAUAAUGCUGAGUUCGCUAUUCAGCUUGUCCGAGAUGUCAAGGGCACGACAGACACCCCUGACAAAAGGCCUGAACAUGCGCUGUACGAGGGGUUGGUGCCCAUGCCUCUGGUUUGCAACGCAAUGCUACCAAUGCUGGCCAUCCUUUUUGCGGCCAAGGCGUUCAGAGACUACGACACUUUCGAUGCCCUUUUUAAAAUACAGCCUUCAGAAGGCGAGAUGGUCCACCUGCAGUGGAAGGACAGCAUCCUUGACCAGACCUUCUUUAAGAGCAUGUCCGCGAGGAGGGACGCCGGGAGAAUAGAAACGGCGAUAGCGCUAAGCAAGCGGCUUCGGGCGUUGGGUUUCCGCGCCGGAUAUGCCCGCCCGCCCACUAUCUACGACUUCAGAGCGGAGGGUCUGUACUGGAUCGACAAGCUCUAUUCCCAAGCCCAGAGAAUGAAACACGCAGGCCACAUUGACCCUGCCACCCACAACAAACAUUACCAGCCCAACAACAGCGGCACGGACGGCCAAAGGAGCUAUUUCGGCCAGGAAGUGCGCAGCAUCGUCAAUGACCUUUUCCGCGGCUUAACGGUGGCCCGCAAUCCCCAGCUGCCGCAGUCUUUGCCGGCCGAACAGCAAGAAGUGUUAAGGACCAGCCCAGAAUUGAUUACAAUUAAUGACGAGUUGGCCACUUUAUCGGGGCGGCGGGAUCCGGCGUCGACUUCGCGCCGCAGAAAGCUUUAUCAGGAGAAAAGAAAGCUGGCCGACAAUCAACUCCGACAGUGGCAGGAGGGUCAGCCAUACGGCCCUGCCCGGGACGACAAGGCCCCGCCGUGCUAUCACCGGAGCAUUUUCAGCCGUGUCAGGUUCCUAAUGCCCGAACGGGACCGCCUCGCAACGAGCCUUUUCAAAACCGAGACCUUGCGGAGCCCGACCGGUCUUCGGGCCCUCCGCGACAUGAUUGCUCUGUGCGAGGCAGACGCAGAAGUCAAGUUUCGGCCAGGCCUAGAGCUCGAGAAGUGUCGAUGUACCGACUCGGCGUCUCGUCGAAAGCUGCCCCAGUCUGCCCCCGCCAGUGGCGCCAAACAACCCGCCUACGAUUGGAAACACGUUUACAGCUGCUUUAACAAAAUACGCGGCGACUUCACCGAGCUUUGCUUUCUGUGCAACAAAUGGGUGUUUGACAAAUCCGAAUGGAGCGACCAUUGCCGGUCGCAUCUUGCUUGCCCGGACGAGCUCCCUGUGCAGUGCGACCCCCUUUUUUACGGCGGAGUGCUUGCCACCGCCGGCUACUGCUUGUUUUGCAUGGCGGACAAACCGCUGGAGCCUGAGCUGCGCCUUCGUCAGUUUCUGGACAGAGGCCCAUAGAAAGACCGUGUUUUUGAUCAUUACGAACGAUACGUCCAAGCUGUUGACGACAAGAAGCUGGUCACCUGCCCUCAUCCUAGCAUUCGGUGCGGUGGCGCAUUCGACUCUGUAAAGCAUCUCAAAUUCCAUCUUCUGGACGCCCACUGCCGAGACUUUGUCAAGGAGUCAACGUCGCUGGAGCUAGAAGAGAACAAUGACGUGAAACCGGCAGCGGCCAAAAGGCAGCGGAGGCGAAGCGCCGAGCUUGACAGGGAAGCCAAGGUCGACACCUACCACUUCGUUGAUGAGACGGUUCAAACAGCGUGUCGACAUCGAGCGGCUGCUGCGUCUAUGCCGUCGCCUUUUAAAGGCCACGUGUCCCCGCCCGACAGUUGCCGGAUCCAGGGUUGGUCGGGGGACGGGGAUGCUAAAAGCGGCGAUGUUCUGCUUCGUUCGCCAUCGUCUCUAGAUAAUGACGGAGUGGAGAAGUGCUUUGCCUUAAUUGAUCUCGGGAUACUUUUGGAGCAAAGUUUUCCGGGUUCAAUACUGUCAGCUCACGAUCCGGCAAGCAACGAUCCCUACUUCCCCCCGCCAGCGGAUGCGAUAGCCUCUAGCCUUGCCCCGUUCCCUUAUGUAAACCCAGCAGAAAUAUUC